GCAACCAUAUGAUGGGAUGAGUGGGAAUAACCUGGGAGAAAAAUGUUUGAACGUAAACUGUAACGUUUAGAUUUGAAGCUUUCGGAGGAACAUAUUUCUGGAUGAAACACUUUCCAUUUCCUCUUUUUACUUCCUUCUGACCUAAAAAGGCCACGGCACGCUCUCAAUGAAGUCGCAGGAGAUGUUCAAGCCUGGAUAGCAGGGGGCUAAGUGGAUUGCAGAAGAAGGAGGGAAGGAGAGAGGAGAGAAAGGAGGGGAAGACAUUAGCGAUUAGGGCCUAAUCCAGCUCAUGACAAUCUGAGUUCCCUUUUUUUUCUUCAAGAGGCAGACCAAGAGUAGUGCGGAUUAUUGUGUUUAAUUUAUAACCUUUUUAAAGCGUUACAAUUUUUAUCAGGCUCAUUUUUGCUUUUUUUUUUAAUUCUUGGAGGGGUGGUCACUGGAGUUGUUAAACCCCAAAAACGGAGGAUCAAGAGGAAAAGUCAAGGAGUGACCAGGAACAACAAGGAAGAGCAGACACCAGGACGCCGCGUUCUGCAGCGGCUUGUGUGGAUAACCUCUGCUGUGUUUCAUUUCCCUGGGAGACCGGACUAUAAAGUCUGCGCUGACUGCUUUUGAGGAACACAUCGUUCCUCAGAGACAAUCAGCCUUACUGGGUGCACGCAUUUGUCUUCCAACUGCUGGAGGAUUACUGGAGGAAGACAGAGUGCAUCAGUGUCCUGUGAUACACACAGAAACUGGUUUGGGGGAAUCCUCAAUUUUUCUUUUUCUAACUUUUUGGCAAGGUGUGACAGUGCACAGAGUAGGUUCCUAUUGCUGAUAUUCUCACUCUUUAAGUGAAAAUCAAACCCAGAGAAAAUCACCAACAUCAGCACACCCCAACAGCAGUAACCAGAAUCUGCAUGCUUGUUGAGACCAUAGUUUGCUGCAUGCAAGGUUAGGAAGUCUGCCUAUAGCAAGUUGCUGGUGUGUUUGUAUUUAAAAGGGGGUUGGAAGUGAAUGGUAUGGGAAUGAACAGAGAUCAAGGGCCACUGAAAAAGUGGGUUUUCACUCACCAAAUCCAGUUCGUUGCUUAACAACUUAACAAACAUUUGCGGCAGACUUUCCAUAGCUGGGAGUUUAUAAAAGGAGCAGGUCCUUGUAAAUAUAUGCCACUUGCUAAAAGGUUUUUGUGAGACAUCCAUUACUCUGCCAGGUUAGAGUAACAAAUUUUCCGUAUAUUUCUCCGAGCCGCAAGUUGUCAACUUACAGAAUAUAUUCUUUGACAAAGUGUGCAAAGAGAUUGCCUUAUCUUAAUAUUUUAAGUAUCCUGUGAACCUUUGGCUAAAAAUAAAGCAAUGUUUAAUCUGGUGGAACAUACUUUGAAUGUUUGUAAACAAGGGUUUGGCCUGCUGGCUAAGGCAUGCCCACACUGGUAAAUGGGGGACACUGCUUUUAAAGGCAGGACAAAAAGGCAUUGCAAAUGUUGCAUCUUUCAUCUGGCAGUAAGCGUGUUGGAACACAAUGCCGGAUAAGGGAAUGACAGAGAUAGUCUGAAACUGGCUUUUUAGUUUUGCCAAAAAAAAAACCCAGACCAAGCAUGUAGAUAAUACUGUGAGUGUUGGGACAGCAAGUUUUUUUUUUGUGUAAAUAAAGAGGUUUUUAGAGAGGUGAACUUCGGCACUGGAACUUUGCCUUUGAAAAAGUGACUAAGUUAUGAGUCUGUACUAAGAUAGAUUUAGGUAUAGAAGCAGUAUACAUGUUGGGCUUUAGCUGAAAUUUCAUAGUGAGCCAGUCAUUAGUCAGGGGAUUGUAUAAAAGUUACUUUUGUGCGCUCAUCUAUGUGUGUAAACAAAGUACCAGUGCAGAAGGAUAAUACACGGAUGCCAUUCAUAUUUUACAAAAUGAGAAUUUUAUUCUCAUUUUAAGACUCAAUACACAAAAUGAAGGAUAUUUUUUUUUUCUUUUCUAAAUAAGGAAUAAAUGGUUUCAGUCUAUGACCACAGGGGCAUCUACAGCUGGAAAACAAUUUAUUUCUGAACUGACAUUUUAUGAACUAAAACCCGAGACAACUGCGGUGCCCAGAGUCUGUGACCGCAUACACUGGUUUGCAGGACCUGGGAUAUGUAAUUUAUACUCUCUUUUAUCAUCAGUGAAAUGUGCCAGCUAUGCAGCAGUCAGAUGGGCCCGCAACAGCGUUUGAGCUAAAAAGAGGACUCCAAUAAACUGCACUCUGACAUAGUUCUUCGUCCACCGCACUGCAGAGAUUCUGAGGCCAUUCAAAAUGUACCUCAACUGACUCCUCAGUUCUGUUCUGCUGGAGGAAAACAUUCAGAUUUUGAGCACUUUGUCUGUUAACGUACCAUUUCACUGCGACAGAAAACAAAACUAGGAAAAAUGAAUGUCUGUGUGAGGAUGGUAUAAAGUUGAGCCUAUACAAGAAGAAGCCGAAUCCAUAUCUAAAUCACACAGAGGAGCGUAUGCAAUAAUUUACUUUUUUCGAGGAGUGUGAACAACUCGCGUAUCCUAAAAGUACAUGGCAUAGAGUGUUUUUUGAUCAGUGAUAAAGGACUUUAUAUUCUUUUUUUUUUUGGUUUUUGGUACCCGCUCUUUCACCUGCUGAGCUGCAGCCAUGAGUCUUGGGAAGUUGCCGGGGCUGAAAGGCCUGGUGUCGACCUCUCACAGAAAGCGGCGCUUCAAGAGAGACCUCACCGCGGACAUGAUCAGCCCGCCUCUGGGGGACUUCCGGCACACCAUGCACGUGGGCCGCGGGGGGGACGUGUUCGGCGAUACCUCUUUCCUCAGCAACCAUGGCGGGACCGGGAACGGGGUGGGGGACCCCGAUUCGCCCUCCGGCAAGGCCACGGGGUUCUUCUCUCGCACCCUGCGCCAUGUUCGCAGGGGUCCCAUCCAGCUCAGGGACGGCUCCCAGGACCUCUCCCCACCGCCUCCGCCCGUCUCCCCCAUCAUCAAGAAUGCCAUCUCGCUGCCACGCCUCGAUGGGGACGCUCCCAACGGCAGCCUGCAGAGGGUGCUCUUUCCCGCCUCCCCCAGCAGCCCAGAGGACUCCACUUACUCCUACGGUGUAGAGUCCGGCUUCGCCACCCUGCCCCGCCUCUCCCGUGUGGACCGGCAGCCGCAGGACGGGUCCGAAACCCGCAACCCCGAGUUCCGCCGCAGCUCGGUUCCGGACACCAGCGUCCUCUCGCUGCCGCACUCCGACUCCAUAUCCUCCUUCACCGUGGACCUGGGGCCGUCCCUGAUGAGCGAGGUGUUCGGUGUGAUUGACAGCCCCAGGGGCAGCCUUGAAGCCAAUCACGGCUGGGAGGAGGAGGGGCCCAGUUCCAGCCAAAACCACGUGGUCUGUUCAGCAGCUACCUCACUUGGAGGCUCUCCGCUGAGGGAGGAUUUGAACGUGGAAGGAUUUGGGUUGUGUGCUCGGGAGUGGGAGGAGGAAGGGAGGGAACCCCCCAAAAAGGCAAUUCCAGAUGUGGUGUCAGGGUCACCCACGAGAGUAGAGCCUGGUAUGGAGCCUGUGAGGUUCCAAAUGGCUGCUGACGUGCUGUCACGUCACUACGGGGGAGGUGGACUCCUAAAAGGGAAACAGCAGACUGAGGGAUGGGAAGAACGAGUACUCGGUCCAGAUAUAGACUCUGUCAACCGUGCCAAGAGGAGGCUGCCUUGUUCCUACAAUGAGGAGGAGGACGAAAUCAAAGUGUAAAAGCAUACAAACAAGCAUUAAAAGACUUUUACAGCACCUCAGUUGAAUCCUACAGUUGAAUGCUACAUAAUUACACUUUGUGUAAAUGACAAUGGCAAUGUAACAUAAUGUGUACCUUUUGUGUGGGUGUACGUGUGUGUGUGUGUGUGUGUGUGUGUGUGUAUGUUCGACUCUAUGGAAACACUCAUUGGUGUCCAGAGGCCCUGGAUAGUCUUCAAACCAUGCAGGAUUUAUUGUUUGGUUCAAAAUGGGAAAUAUAUAUUAUUGUUUGGUCUCUGUGAUAUGAAAACUCAUGAGCUCAUUACAACUCCGGAAGGAGAACAGUGACAGCAUGACAACAUGGCCACUAGGCCUGGGAUGGGAAUGCAACACUGGCCGUGAUCUAAUAGCUGAACAUACCAGAGUUUUUGUUUCCUCAAGAUUAACAAAUAAACCACACAAUCAGGAAAUAACUUUGGAAAGCAUUGUCCUAUCCCCUCAUUAUCUGUAGAAUGCAAAUUUAUUUUUGCAAUACUGGAGAGGAGAGAGGAGGAUGAACUGCACCAAAAGGAAACAAUCUAUUUUUUUUUUUUUAUUUUGGAGCGUGUCAGAUGAUGCCGAUUGGUCCGUGGAAGGUAAUGGAAACCGACAGCACAGACGUCUAAAUGGAGGAACAAUAUACGCUAUUUUUUGACGCAUGUUAAUACCAUAUGUGAAACAAGAGAAAGAAUGCUAUUUUUAGCAUUGAACACAUAUUCUUACAUCCUCAACAUCAACAUGCAAACAGAAAAGCACACAGUUUCUCUGCAGUGCCACCCAAUACUCACAGAGCUUGCAUAAAACAGCAUUAAAAGGAAACUGCCUGUCAAAAUGGAGAAGGUCUUCCUGAAGGUGCAUAUCAGUGGAUUCAUGGCUGGUGAUAAUGCAAGUGUUACCAGGACAACUGCUCUCGUAAAAAGGGAAAAUGCUGAAGACUGUUUUAACCUCUAAUUAGCGCUAAGAUGACCUUUGUAAUGUUGUGCUUAUGGUCUGUGGGGUUACCGAUCACGUCGAAUGUGGAAAUGAAACGGGAUUUUCUUUGUACAUAUUUGUCUGUGUUAUCGUACGCCUAAGGAUGUUUUGUAUGGUAAGGAUGUUUUAGAGAGUAUUAUGCAUGUUCUUGUUAUCGUACACAUUUACCCUCAUGGUGUGUAUGGGGUUAAAGCUGAAAGUUAGAGGUGCUCUCAAUUGCAGUGAGUGAAGUCACUUUUCCUCUGUUUCUCAGUAAAACACUACAAUCCUAUUUGCUAUUCUGACCCUGGGUUCAAGUAUCCUCUAAAAAAGGUCAUUAUGUUUGUUAUUAUGUGUGUACGUGUAUGUAUUAUUAUUUUUAAAUAACGAAACCAAAGCUUCAGCAAAAAGCUGGGGGUAAUCUUCUGGUAAUUCAGUUAAUCUGCACUUUCAUAAUAAGAGCUAUGCUUUGAGCAGUCAAAGGCAAGGAGAUCAUUUUUUGUGUCAUGAUGAUGGAAUGAUUUGUUUUCCAUUUCAUAUGAUGUAAUAUAUACAUAGUAUUCUGCAUAUGUAUAUAGACCAUGCAAAUGUAUGUGGUGCACUUAAAAUAACAACAAUU